UUGAGCUCGUUCUACUUGAACAUAAAAAUAAGUUGUGCAAAUCCUGCGGUGUGCCGUUAACAGCCAGUUGCAUCAGAUCCACUAUACGUCUGCCUUGUUUCAGAUAUCCUUUUGAUAUGGAGAACAAUCUUUGCGUAGUACUGCAUUCAAAGGGGGACCUCCGAUUGGAAGAGCGACCAAUCCCCGAACCUGGACCUAACGAUGUAUUACUGCGGAUGCAUUCGGUGGGGAUCUGUGGCUCUGACGUGCACUACUGGCAGCACGGGCGGAUCGCGGACUUUGUGGUGAAACAGCCAAUGGUGCUGGGGCACGAGGCCGCAGGGAGGGUGGUCAAGGUCGGCUCGGCAGUCAAGCACCUCAAUGUUGGGGACCGUGUGGCUGUCGAGCCAGGGGUUCCUAGAGAAAUGGACGAUUUCUUAAAAUCUGGACGCUACAAUCUGUCACCCACCAUCUUCUUCUGUGCCACGCCCCCUGACGACGGCAACCUCUGUCGAUACUACAAGCAUUGUGCCAACUUCUGUUACAAGCUUCCUGACAACGUGACCUUCGAGGAGGGCGCGCUGAUUGAACCACUGUCCGUGGGAAUCCACGCGUGUCACCGGGCUGGGGUUACCCUCGGAACAACCGUCUUAAUCUGUGGCUCCGGGCCUAUUGGGCUGGUCUGUUUGCUUGUGGCCAAAGCAAUGGGUGCCUCAGUGGUUGUCAUCACAGAUCUAUCCUCGGAGCGUUUGAAGAUGGCCCAGGAGGUAGGGGCUGACUUUCCACUGUUGGUGACGAGAGAGGACUCGGCACAGGACGUAGCCCAGCGAGUGGCGGGAAGGCUGGGGCAUCAGCCACACGUCACCAUAGAGUGCACCGGAGCGGAGAGCAGCAUACAAACCGCCAUCUAUGCUACCCGGUCUGGCGGUGUGGUGGUCCUGGUGGGUCUGGGUGCAGAGAUGGCCAGCGUUCCUUUGGUCAACGCCGCGGUCCGUGAGGUGGACAUCCGCGGGGUGUUCCGCUACUGCAAUACCUGGCCCAUGGCCAUCGCCAUGCUGGCGUCGGGGAAGGUGAACGUGAAGCCACUGGUGACCCACCGCUUCCCCCUGGAGGAGGCCGCUCAGGCCUUUGAGACCACACGCCAAGGUCACGGGGUCAAGGUCAUGCUGAAGUGUGAUCAAAGCGACCAAACGCCAUGAUGAUGCUAGAAGAGACACACAGUCUAACAGCCACAGUCAGAGACAUACACACACACUGAAAUGAACAUGAUUGUCCAGAUGUACCCGUGUUCUUCAUUUCAUUUUGAUUUCCUAAAAAAUGUAAAUACUGCCUUUUUACAUCCGAAACAGAAUAAAUGAAUGACAUUAAUAAAUGUUUAGUAAAUACCAUGUGAUCCCAUUUGGUUACUUACCUGCAUUAUUUAAAAUGGGCAUUAGGGGACUCAAGUCACAAGAUUUCAUAAGCCAUUCCAUAGAUAAUCAGACAGAUCGAGACAAUCAAAAGAGUGCCGGUGUUUCCAAACCUGCGGGUUGCGAUUGCUUGAAAUGCAUAUUGUGGGAGAUUCAGUCAUAUAAGCUAAAUGUGUUAGAUUCAUUAUGACCAAGAGCAGCCUAAUGACUCUUUGACAAAAGCAAAUUACUACCAACAACUUAAUUGGGACAUAACUUGCAUAUGUUGAUGGAUAACAUCUGCAAUAACGAUACACAUUACACUGCAUAACAAUGUUAUACGUUUGGAGCCCAUAAAGGGUUUGGAACCAAAGAUUAAAUAAGCAUCCAGGUAAACUGA